UUGUGUAUAUUUAGCUGCCACUGCACGUACAAAGAUUGAUGGCCUAUUAAAUUAGCUUCUAACAAGACACGGCAGUCUUGCUAGUGUAUAUCAGGAGCUAUUGAUCAGCUUCGAAAAGUGAAGCAGAUUAUUGUGAAAUAACUUUUCCAAAUGUAAGAUUUAAGUUUUGACCUUUCUAAGCCUUACAGUAAAUCCUCUUUUUUUUCCAGGUAAGAUCCAGUGCUGCUCAAUUUCAGAUGUAUUUCUCCUACAUUAGCCUCGGACGUUUCAGUGCAGAAUGGUAGUCUCAAAUAGAUCUGGCACAGCUCAAAGCCACAGAGCCAAAUCUAAUUUGUGAGGUUAUCGCUGUCAAUUCACAGCCAGCAGCAACUUCUGCAACAGAAAUACAGGCUGGGCAAGACAGAUAAAGCAUAUUUCUUAGCUUUUUGGCCUGAACUGUAUUUCUAUAUCUGAAAUUUAUCUCUUAUGGGUCUUUUUUUUGUUUGUUCUGAACCAUAAGUUGGCUCUUGGAAAACACCAUUUCAUAAAAGCUUUAUUCAUACUGACUAACUCGUUCUAGCUGGGCUGUUGUAUUGUCAGUUUGUCAAAUUACCGUGUUUCAAUGGGACAACAGGAAGUUUCCUUUUUAAAAAUUUUUUUAUAAAUCGUAAAAUUUGCUCCUUUAAAAGGAACCAGCAUUUAUCAAACAAUUACUCCCAAUUUAGGGACCUGGCCUGCUGGUUUGUAAUGGUGGCAUCCUAAUAACUGGCCAAACUGAAAUAAUUUUUGACAAAAUAAUUGGAACUGCUGCUUCCCUUCCGCUAAAUCGUCACGAUUAAGAACAAAAUGUGGUAUCGGUCCCUCUGGAUCAAUUUUUUAUACACCAGUGUGGGGUAAUCAUUCAUUAUUUUCAUGUAAAUUACCAUUUGCUGUUCAGUCACAGUAGGAUGCAAUAGUGACUCAGCUCAUGCUUUGUUUGAAAUUCCCCCCCUCGAAAAAAAAAAAAUCAAAAAACUUUUUGUGUAAACAAAAGUAAUUUGUUCAGGAUAGAUGUAAGCACUGUCUACAGAUUGUACCUCUAAAACACCAAAGCAGUGACAUUUUGAAAAAUGGUUCUAGCAUUUUUUAAGCUUUAAAGGCCCUGAAGCAGAUGUUCCUAAUUAUUCUUUGAUGCUGAUGGAAUCCAACAUGAGCACAAAUAAUCUGUCAAACUUGUUUUGACUGUUUUUUGUUUUGCGUGGGCAGUAGCAAUGCUCCGGAUUCACCUGUAAGUGCACCCAAAAUGUCACAGACACUCCAAACUUGAUUCUUGCUUAUUUUGUCGUGCAUAUUUGUUGAAAUUCACAAGACACUAAAAUAUUUCAGAUUUAACAUCCUGAGACCUCAGCUCUUGUUUUGGAUGGAUUUUCUAUUUCUCGUAGCUAUUUGGGAUCAGUCGGACCUGACAGGUCUAAAAACAAAACAUUACCUAUGAAAAGUGUGUCCUCAAGUGUGGACAAUGGGUUCAUUUUACUGCACAAAACAGUGACGUCUACAAAGUAUAAAACACUUUAUUGAGCAGAGUGAAGUACUGAAAACCUGAAAUUCAAUGCCCUGUGACUACACAGGGUCUCAGGGUUUUACACUAAUGUCAGCCUCAAUCACAGUUUGCAAAAUGAAACAUUUAUGGAUGCAACAGACAGAAAAAAAAAAGUCAUUAUUUCAGGACUGUGCUGUACAAGGCACCACACAUGUAUAUUGUUGAACGUAUGUACAUAAAACUUCAUCUAACCCUCCUUGUUUCCGCAGAGGGCCUUUAUCCUUUUACAUUCCUGUCUUUCAUCAUGGUUGACCUUUUCCUAAACCGAGUUCUCAUCGAGAACAACUGGGACCAAGACGAACUCAACACUGAGCGUGAGAUCACGGGGAUUCUCGAAAAUCGCAUCGUCAUGCUGUUCUUUGCAUCUGCUGAAUGUGAAAAGUGCCUGGAGUUUGUGCCUGUUCUGAACGACUUCUUUAAGAGACUGAAAGAUCCAGCAUACAUCGAAUACCCGAAACUGCUCGCACUCAUCUACAUCAGUUUGGACCAAUCAGAGGAGAAACAGGAAAAUUUCCUCAAAGAGCUGCACAAAAAGGUUCUGUUUCUGGCCUUUGAGGACCCGUACAGGAAGGAACUGCAGACCAUGUUUAAAGUGAAGGAUGUACCAACAAUAGUGGUCCUGCGUCCCGACGGCUCUGUCCUCUCUCCAAACGCUGUGCGGGACAUCUGUCGUUUCGGCUGUGACUGUUUCCAAAACUGGCAGGAAUCGGCCGAGCUUGUUGAAAGGAGCUUCAUGCUCAACGAGGAGUUUGACAACCUUAACUUGCGCAGUGCCACUGACCCUGUGAGGAGGCUCAAGUACAAGACAGAGGACGACAAACGCAAAAAGAGAUGGUGGAAGUUAUGGGGGAAGGGAAAAGAUGGAAAUGAAGAGGAGAAAGAUGGAGCAUGGGAUACCAAGAGAAAUGAGGGAGAUAACAAUACCUGGAGGAUAAGAUGAGGAAAACAUAUAUCGUAUAAUAUAUUCUGUAUGUUAUCGCUCAGACAUUUAGGAGAAAUAUUUUUGUUUUAGAAAGAAAUUUUUAUCUGCUGUUCCAGAAAAUUUAUCAGAAAUGUUAUCAAGAUUAACUGCUUUAAUUCAUAAUCAGGAAUUUAUGAUUAUGAAUUUAUGUAGAGCUUGCAUGCUCUCUCUGUGUUUGGGUGGUCUGGCUUUCUCCCACACUCCAAAGACAUGAGUGGGUUUAGGUUAAUUUGUGAAUCUAAAUUCCCUGUGAGUGUGGAUGGUUGCCUGUCUCUAUGCGUUAGCUGUGCAAUAAAUUGCUGACCUGUCCAGGGUGUACCCUGUUAUAGCUGGGACUGGCUACAGCCCCCUCAUGACCCUGAAUUUGGAUACCAGUGAGAAGAUGGAUGGAUGGAUGAAUAAUAACCGGGAACUGUUUUUUCAACAACCAUCAGUCUUUGUUUUUGAGUUUAAGUUUAUUUUACCAGUUUUUCUUGGUGUGCCAUAUAUAUAUAGAUAGAUAGAUAGAUAGAUAGAUAGAUAGAUAGAUAGA